AUGCCUUCUUCAGUAUCCUUUCUUUUUGCAAUCUUUUUUGUAUCAGUACUCGUUGCCAAGCUGCUGCAUCUGUACAUUCACCUGCACUCCAUUGCUGCCAUCGACUUCAUUGUCUACCUACCAACCUUUUUCCUGCAAGAUGUCUUCGUAAUUUUCCUUGGCCGUCUCCUGCUGCGGAGGGAACGGACAAUCGUCUCUUUUGUUGGCUACUGCUUCGGAUGUUUCUUAACCUUGAUUUCCAUCGGCGCUGCAUCAUCAGAGCUUGGGUUUUACUACAGGACGGGCGGCGAAGUUGAGUGGAGCGAUGCAGGGGACUACGCCAACGACGAAGGCCUCAAAGUCCUGCUCAGCGAGAGCCACAGCGUUCUUGUUUCUGCAUUAAUCAUUAUUAUUCUUGCAUGGUUCACGCAGGGCAUUCUCUACAAGCUCGUCGGUAACCUUGUAACUGGAUUGGGGAAGCGCAUCGCUUCAGUCUCCAGGUUUCUCAGAGGAAAGCUUCGCCCGCAAAAACAUGUUCAGCGCGAUCCCGAGAAUGUCGAACCGUUGAUGGAGCGCGAUCUUUCCGGAGAUUCCGCCUCCCCGUCUGACUAUGGUCGAAGGUCAUCCAGCUCCGGCCGCAGUGGGCAAGAGAAGGGUCCGGAAGAGCGCUCUUCAAUGCGACGGAGAUGGUGCGCUAUCCCUUCUUGGAUCGUCACAUCGUCUGUCUUGGUUUUUGUUGGCAUCACGGCCAUUGUCCGCCCUGAGAGGCCAUACAACCAUAUGUCGACAAGUCUGCCCUUCCGAAUUCUCGGUUCAUUCAAGCCGAGUCUCGGAUUCUGCGCAUCCAAGAAUGACUGGCCCUUGAAGGAACUCAUCCAGGAGUCCAAGUGGGAAGAUCCUCAGGGCAACUUCAAGGGUUGGGCUCCUGGCAGGGAUAGCAAAUUCGUCAAACAGUACAGAGAUAACACUCCCAAGUGGCUGCCCGAUCCAAUCCCCCACGGGUUUGACAAGUGGAAUAAGACAAAAUCGCAGGACAAGGCCGCUCCCCCCGACGAUUCGUGCCCCGGCACGCUCGCAGACCGAGGCUUCUAUAACCCCGUUGCCGACCCAAUGCGGAUUACCAACCUUAAGGAGAGUAUCCUAGGUUCGGUGCAAGAGGCCCUCACACAAAACUCUGUCAAGAUUCGACAUGUUGCUCUCAUUUUGAUGGAGAGCAUGCGCGAAGAGCUCUUCCCUAUCCAGCAAGGCACCGACAUUCACAGGUUCAUCAUGGAAUCGCACGAGGAAUCACUUCGAGAUGAUGUCAACGACCGAGUUUCCCGCUUGACACCAAACUUUGAGAAGAUUACAGGCAAAUUUGGCAACUUUAGUGCCAGCAACGGCACCACCUACGACCCUCCUGCGAAGCCGGUGUGGAACGACAAGACGAGGCCUGAGUAUGGUGGUAUCAACGUUGUCGGAGGCCUCACGAGCAGCAGUGUCUCGACAAAGAGUCUCAUGGCAGCUCACUGUGGCGCUUGGCCCAUGGCGGUAAACAUGUUCGAGGAGGCCGAGCUCGAGAGCUAUCAGCCUUGCAUUCCUCAGGUCCUCAAUAUGUUUAACACAUUCAAGCAAAACAAGACUAAGGCAGCCAGAGGCUGGCUGUCACUGGGGUCAAAGAAGAGUGAACAGUUUCACGAUUACCCAUGGCACUCUGCCUUCUUCCAGGCUGUUACGGACACAUACGAUAGGCAGGACAUGUUCGACAACAAGAUGGGAUUCAAGCACAUCUUUACGAAGCCCAAGCUCGACAAGGAGGCCAAGAGCAAUCCCGACAUGGAAGAGAUUAACUAUUUUGGUUAUCCCGAGACGGAUCUGAAGGCGCACAUCAAGGAGUACAUCACCGAGGGGCUUGCCAACAACAAGCGCCUCUUCAUGUCACAUUUUACCAGCACAACUCACCAUCCCUGGGGUGUCCCCAAGUGGUUCGACACCGAGAAGUAUAUGGGCAAGGAGGGCAAGCGCCACAAGGACUUUGACAAGUACCUCAACACGGUUAGGUUCACCGACAUGUGGAUAGGCGAGCUCAUGCAGAUGUUCGACGAUCUCGGAAUUGCCGACGAGACUCUUGUUGUCUUUGUCGGCGACCACGGACAAGCCUUCAAAGAAGAUUUCUCCAAGACGGGUACCUACGAGAACCGCCACAUCAGCAACUUCCGAGUCCCCAUCUCAUUCCGACACCCCAAUAUCCCUCGCAUUCAGUACGAAGCGAACGUAACCUCGAUCUCGAUUCUACCGACCCUCCUUGAUCUCCUUGUCCACACAGGAUCCCUUAAUGAGGACGACACGGCGAUUGCGUCCGAUUUAGUCCAUGAUUACGAGGGUCAAUCACUGAUCCGACCAUAUAUCAAGUCUCAACACGGUCGCCGUGCCUGGAACUUUGGGCUCAUCAACCCUGGCGGUGGUAUGCUCACAAUCACAUCGGCAGACGCACCCUGGAGACUGGCGAUCCCGUUGAAAAAGGAUCUCGAAUACACAUUUACCGACCUGGGGCAGGAUCCGCUAGAGUUGGAUCCUCUGGACGGGUGGGCUAUCAAGCCCAUGAUCAAGGCGGUUAAGGCCAAGUACGGCAAAGAAGCGGCCGACUGGGUUCGUGAAGCCGAUGCAGUGGCUCACUGGUGGACUAUAGAGAGAAACCGGCUUUGGGGAUACAAUCGAUCUGACGACUGA